CGGCGGGGAGGGAGGCUGGGCCCGCAGAAGAGGGAAGCGAGCGGAUCGCUGGGGCUGCUCCGCUCCUGCGCGCCCUCGCGCUCCCUGUCGCCCGCCGAGGCGCAGGCAGGGCACAGGAGGCGGCGGGCGGCAUGGAGAGCCUGCUGGAGAAUCCGGUGCGUGCCGUGCUCUACCUCAAGGAGCUCACGGCCAUCGUGCAGAACCAGCAGAGCCUCAUCCACACCCAGCGCCAGCGCAUCGACGAGCUGGAGAGGCGGCUGGACGAGCUAAGCGCCGAGAACCGAAGCCUGUGGGAGCACCAGCAGCUGCUGCAAGCCCAGCCUCCGCCUGGGCUCGUCCCCCCGUCGCCAACCCCGCUGCCUGCUAUCCCAGUCACUGCUGCCGCCGCCGCCGCCGCCGGGGCCCAGGAACCGCUCCAGAACCACGGACAGCUCCUGCCCGCUUCGCCACAGCCUGCGCCGGAGCAGCCACCGCUUCAGCACCACGGACAGAUCCUGGUGCAGCCCCCUCCGGGCCCCAGCAGCAGGGCUCACGCACCCCAGUCGCCCCACCAGCACCCGGUGGCGCCUGGGGCGGUCGCCGACAAGGAGAAGGAGCGUCCCCCGAGUUGUUGCGCUGCCGCUGGAACCCUCCUUCAGCACAAAUCCCCCGCUGCCCUCAGCAAGGGCGUCCUGAGCAGGAGACCCGAGAAUGAGACUGUGCUGCACCAGUUCUGCUGCCCAGCCGCCGACGCCGAGCAGAAGCCUGCCUGCUCCGACCUGGCCUCCCAAAGUGACGGCUCCUGCGCCCAGGCCGGUGGGGGCAUGGAGGACUCCAUGGUAGCAGCGGCGGUGGUGGCAGCCUGCAGACCCAGUGCCCAUGUCCCGAAGGCUCAAGCCCAGGAGCUGCAGGAGGAGGAGGUGCGGCCAGGGGUGGGGGCUGCCUCCCCUCGGGCUGGCCCCCACCGCGAGGCCUCCCCGGGCCAGCAGCAGCCUGCCCUGGCGACGGCGCUCUGCUCCCAAGCCCCUGCCGCCUCCGAUUACGAGCUCUCCCUUGACCUAAAGAAUAAACAGAUUGAAAUGCUAGAACACAAGUACGGGGGCCACUUGGUGUCCCGGCGUGCCGCUUGCACCAUCCAAACCGCCUUCCGCCAGUACCAGCUCAGCAAGAACUUCGAGAAGAUCCGCAACUCGCUCCUGGAGAGCCGCCUGCCGCGGCGGAUCUCCUUGCGCAAGGUGCGUGCGCCGACGGCAGAGAGCCUGGCGGCUGAGAAGGCGCUCAUGGAGGGCUAUGGUCUCCUGGGACUACCGCUGGUGCGCUCGCCCUCCCUGCCGCCCACCUUCGCGGGCACGCUCACCGAGCUGGAGGACUCCUUCACCGAGCAGGUGCAGUCCCUCGCCAAGUCCAUCGACGACGCUCUCAGCACCUGGAGCCUCAAGACCAUGUGCUCCCUGCAGGAGAGCGGCGCUUACCAGAUCCAUCAGGCCCUGCACGCGGGCGCGGGGCCGCCAGGCCUGGAGGCGGAGAUGCGCGAUCAGGAGAGUGCCUGCCCGCGGCCCGGGGAAGAGGCUGCCGAGGCCGCCAGUCUGCCCCAGGGCCACAGCAGCACCCUCAUGAUGGCUUUCCGGGACGUCACCGUGCAGAUCGCCAACCAGAACAUCUCCGUCUCCUCCUCCACCGCUCUGUCGGUGGCCAACUGCCUGGGAGCACAGACAUCCCAGGCCCCCGCAGAGUCUGCGGCGGGCCAAGCCCAGCAGGAUGAGGCCCGGGGUCAGGAGGCUCCGGUGGCCCCCGCCGCGGGCCAGGGGGACGCGCCCGCCGAGAUCACGUGCGCAGAGGCCGAAGCCGGCGGGGCCCUGAGCGCCAACCCGCCUGGGGCCACGGAGGCGGUGUUGGAGGAGGCUGGGGCAGCACAGGCAGAGGAGGAAGAAGAGGAGGAGGAGGCAGGGGAGGUGGGGAAAGGGGCAGAGGCCGGCGACAACUCGGAGCAGCUGAGCAGCAGCAGCACGUCUGCCAAGUCAGGCUCAGAAGUCUCUGCCUCGGCCUCCAAGGAGGCCCUGCAGGCCAUGAUCCUGAGCCUGCCGCGCUACCAUUGUGAGAACCCGGCCAGCUGCAAGUCGCCCACGCUCUCCACCGACACGCUGCGCAAACGCCUCUACCGCAUUGGGCUCAACCUCUUCAACAUAAACCCGGACAAGGGCAUCCAGUUCCUAAUCUCACGUGGCUUCAUCCCUGAUACCCCCAUUGGAGUGGCCCAUUUCCUGCUCCAGCGUAAGGGCCUCAGCCGGCAGAUGAUUGGAGAGUUCCUGGGCAAUAGCAAGAAGCAGUUCAACCGCGAUGUGCUGGACUGCGUGGUGGACGAGAUGGACUUCUCCAGUAUGGAGCUGGAUGAGGCUCUGCGCAAGUUCCAGGCGCACAUCCGUGUGCAGGGGGAAGCCCAGAAGGUGGAGCGGCUCAUAGAGGCCUUCAGCCAGCGCUACUGCAUGUGCAACCCCGAGGUGGUGCAGCAGUUCCACAACCCCGACACCAUCUUCAUCCUGGCCUUUGCCAUCAUCCUCCUCAACACUGACAUGUACAGCCCCAACAUUAAACCUGACCGGAAGAUGAUGCUGGAGGACUUCAUCCGAAACCUGCGAGGUGAGGAGUCACACAUCUGGGAGUUCACACAUCCAGGUGUGCACAUACGUGUGAACACCACCAGUGCGUCUGUAUCUCCCUGUCUUGGACAGAUCCUCAAGCUUUGCCCGAAGAAGAAGAGCUCCUCCACAUACACCUUCUGCAAGUCAGUUGGCCUGCUAGGCAUGCAGUUCCACCUCUUUGAGAAUGAGUAUUACUCUCAUGGCAUCACCCUGGUGACCCCACUCUCGGGCUCUGAGAAGAAGCAGGUGCUGCAUUUCUGUGCCCUGGGCUCAGACGAGAUGCAGAAGUUCGUGGAGGACCUGAAGGAGUCCAUUGCCGAAGUAAUGGAGCUGGAGCAGAUCCGGAUAGAGUGGGAGCUGGAGAAGCAGCAGGGAGCAAAGUCGCUCUCCUUCAAGUCCGGAGGAGCUCAAGUAGACCCACAGUCGAAGCAGGGGUCGCCUACAGCCAAAAGGGAAGCUGCCCUGGGGGAGAGGCCUGCAGAGAGCACGGUGGAGGUGUCAAUUCACAACAGGCUUCAAACGUCCCAGCACAACUCCAGGCUGGGGGCCGAGAGGGGAGCUCCGGCGCCACUGCCAGACCCGCAGCCUAGCCCCUUGAGAGAGCAGCCCCCGCCGCCAUUGCCGCCUCCGCCACCCACACCCCCGGGAACCCUGGUGCAGUGCCAGCAAAUUGUCAAGGUCAUUGUCCUGGACAAGCCCUGCUUGGCCCGCAUGGAGCCCCUGCUAAGCCAGGCUCUCUCUUGCUACGCCUCUUCCUCCUCUGACUCCUGCGGCUCCACACCCCUGGGUGGCCCAGGCUCCCCAGUCAAGGUCAUCCACCAGCCCCCGCCCCCCUACAACCACCCUCACCAAUACUGCCCGCCCGGCUCCCUGCUGCACCGGCGCCGCUACUCUAGCGGCUCCAGGAGCCUGGUGUAGACUCUGCCCCCCAUGCUGCUGUCCCAGGAGGGCUGUCACCAGGGUCCCUGGACUGCACCCAGCAGCCCCGACUGCCCCUUCGCUGCUCCUCACACC